AUGUCGGAAGAGUUCUUUGGAUAUUUCAAUUCAAUGGUUAGAGACUUUUCAACAGAACUGUAUGCUGUAGAGCUGUAUGCUGUAGAGCUGUAUGCUGUAGAGCUGUAUGCUGUAGAGCUGUUUGCUGUAGAGCUGUAUGCUGUAGAGCUGUAUGCUGUAGAACUGUAUGCUGUAGAGCUGUAUGCUGUAGAGCUGUAUGCUGUAGAGCUGUAUGCUGUAGAACUGUAUGCUGUAGAGCUGUAUGCUGUAGAGCUGUAUGCUGUAGAGCUGUUUGCUGUAGAGCUGUAUGCUGUAGAGCUAACUGUAUGCUGUAGAGCUGUAUGCUGUAGAACUGUAUGCUGUAGAACUGUAUGCUGUAGAGCUGUAUGCUGUAGAACUGUAUGCUGUAGAGCUGUAUGCUGUAGAGCUGUAUGCUGUAGAGCUGUUUGCUGUAGAGCUGUAUGCUGUAGAGCUGUAUGCUGUAGAACUGUAUGCUGUAGAGCUGUAUGCUGUAGAGCUGUAUGCUGUAGAGCUGUAUGCUGUAGAACUGUAUGCUGUAGAGCUGUAUGCUGUAGAGCUGUUUGCUGUAGAGCUGUAUGCUGUAGAGCUGUAUGCUGUAGAGCUGUUUGCUGUAGAGCUGUAUGCUGUAGAGCUGUAUGCUGUAGAACUGUAUGCUGUAGAGCUGUAUGCUGUAGAACUGUAUGCUGUAGAACUGUAUGCUGUAGAGCUGUAUGCUGUAGAACUGUAUGCUGUAGAGCUGUAUGCUGUAGAGCUGUAUGCUGUAGAACUCUGUAUGCUGUAGAACUGUAUGCUGUAGAGCUGUAUGCUGUAGAACUGUAUGCUGUAGAACUGUAUGCUGUAGAGCUGUAUGCUCUAGAGCUGUAUGCUGUAGAGCUGUAUGCUGUAGAGCUGUAUGCUGUAGAGCUGUUUGAAUGUAGGAUCUUUUAA